UCAAAGAUGCUCAACAACCACUGAGCAAGACAUUAUCUUGUGUAUCGCAAGUUUCCCAAAUCCAAGAACAGGGGAGGGGAAAAAGUCUAGGAAGAACUCGGAGCGCGUGUUUCCUGACAGAUUUUUCUAAGGGCUUUAUCAACAAAUGUGGCUUCUUGGAUCAACUUCCCAAGUGGUGAUGAUGGAUGAGCGCACGUCUUCCUCCACGCGCUCCGUCCAGUGUCCUGGGAACAACUCGUCUACGAUCCACAGCAUAGAGGCCAUACUGGGAUUUAAAGAGGACACCAUCUUCCACAAAUCAGCCUCCUACAGCGUGUCAGAAAAAGUUCUGGUCAAAGAUCCAGAGCGCAGCGGGAAUGUGAUUGUGAGCCAAAUGAAGAAGAAUCAUUACUCAGACAGUUGUGACAGUGUGUGUUGCGGCAGCAGCACCGGUGAAGCCUCUUUGUGUCCAGACUCGCCGGACAGAGACGGAAAACUGUCCGAUGACGAAAACCAGAAGAAGAAACAUCGGCGGAACCGGACCACCUUCACCACCUUCCAGCUCCACGAACUGGAGCAGGCUUUCGAGAAGUCCCACUACCCGGAUGUGUACAGCAGAGAGGAGCUGGCCCUGAAGGUUAACCUGCCGGAGGUCCGAGUGCAGGUGUGGUUCCAAAAUCGGAGGGCCAAGUGGCGUCGUCAAGAGAAGCUGGAGGUGAGCUCCAUCAAGCUGCAGGACACCCCCUCUGCCUCUCUGCUCUCCUUCAGCCGCUCUCCCACCAGCUCCCUGGGUUCUGGCUUUCAACUAGACCCCUGGCUCUCCAGCCCGAUCACCACCUCCGCUUCCCUGCAGUCCCUUCCAGGCUUCAUCAGCAGCGCACAGAACCUUCCGGGCACUUAUGCUCCUUCUCCUCCCCCUUCCAUGCCCUCUUCUUUGCCGGCCUCUUUAUUCAGCUCCUCAACCCUGGGACACAACCCUCACCUGCCCCACAUCGGCUCUAUGUGCCCCCCGGCCCCGGCAUACCAGUGCUCCGCUGACCCGAGGAACUCCAGUAUUGCCUCAUUGAGGAUGAAGGCCAAGGAACACAUUCAGUCUAUUGGGAAGACGUGGUGAUGCUAAGUGGAAAGUUUUUGGACAUUAGGACCCAGAAAUCCCCCUGCUGACUUUUUUGCAUGCUACACCUUCCUGCAGAUGGGAUUGUAAAUGGAAAUUUUUAAAAGCGAUGACUACCGUUACCCUCCAGGAUUCAAGACUUCAUCCUCAUUAACACAAGAUUUCCUGAAAAGCUGUGAAAUACCUGUAAAGUAUGACUCUUAUGAAAUUACUUGUUGUAUUUGGUGUUUUUCUUCACUUCUAUCAUCUCUGUAAAUUUUUUCUGUGAAUCUUAGCAUUCAGUCAGCCCUGUCCCAUCCUUAAUGCAGUGUUAUGUUGCCAAUUUCACUAAAUCAUUCCAUGGGUGGAAUCUGUAUUCCAUCUGUAUCUGUUUAUUCUGCUCAUAUACGGUGGAGAAUUAUUCACUUUGGGUCAGAUUCUUGGUCUUUUUCAUAAAAAAAUGUA